AUGCCCGACUCAGCGGACCCCGAAUGGUCAACCUCAUUCGCAUCUGGUCCUACCAUGUCUUUGCUCCCGACUCAGUGCCUUCCCGGUGAUGUGCCUGCAGCUACCUUUCUUGACGACGAUGCGCAGGCCGAUUCGUCCGGUCGCCGAUAUAUCGGUGGACCCCAGAGUUUCGCAAUCGAAAGGCUGGUGAAGCUAAAGCAAGAGCUUCGUCCCUUGGAUUCGGAAAAAUUCUGGCAUCAAUUAAUGGAGCAAAUAAGUCUUAUAUGCAAGGCUCAAUAUGUCUUCGUCGCUCGCAGGGCUCGGGACGACGAAUCCACGAAUGAGAUAGAAGGCCACAAAACGAUGUUGUUUGGUACCGCCUUCUAUUAUAAUGAUGGACACCGCACAGCAGGCAUGCACAGACGCAGGUACUUCGCUGGCGGAAAUCCUCUCUCGCACAUGGACCGUGAGAAGCCAUGUCUAAUCCCUGAGAAAUUAGGAUCCUUCAUCUCCUUUGACCGGGACCAGCUUCCAUUUGCCGCCGAGGGAUACCUGGCUGUACCGCUCUUCUCAGGAACAAAGUGUCUUGCAUUUUUUGGACUCAUGUGGUCGGAACCGGGCUUGCAGAAGCGUAAUCUUUCGUGGUCGCUUCUCGAGAUGAUCUUAUAUUCUCUUGAAGACUUGGUUGCUCAGCGGAUUUGCGACGACGUGGAUCCUACAGUUACUGUGAACUCCGGUCAAGAGAGCACCGAAUUUUCUCGAGGCAAGACAUGCGUUGUCGGCGAUGUGAAUAUCGGGGUUGUCCAUGGAUCUGCAGACUUCUCAUCGCAGCCACUAAAGCCCUACGCGAGGAGCUUGUCCCACGAGCUUCGGACACCGAUGCAGGGCGUGGUCGGGAUGCUGGACGUCAUGCAUGCCACGGUCCGCGAAGCCAUCCAAGACAAGCCAUCGCCGAAGGCUGGAUUUGUCUUUCGCACCCUUAAGGAGAGUAUUGAGAUGGUCCAAGAUAGUGCACGCAGAGCUGUCGAGGCAGCAGAUAAUGUUGUUCAUGCCUACGAUAUGAACAUGCAGGUCCCCAAAACCCCCCAGUGUGAACGGGACGACUUCUUCAGUGGUCCGUCGCAGAGUCCGGUUGGUGCGAGCGAGGGUCGACCGACCAUUUUCGGGGAAAGGAGCAACAUCACAGUUAAUCCUUACAAGCGACGACGCAGUAACCCUCCAGACUGGAACGCUAGUCAGCCUCCAAAGUCAAAAGCGCCGCGGGUUUCCGCUCCCAGAGGCCUUUCGCCUCGCAGCGAAGAGGUCAAAAAUGCGGUCCACGAAAGUGAAAAACUGCUCAAGGCUACUCCCGCUCACGAGAUUGAAGCAGUGAUGGCGAACGUGGUUGAUCCCCGUCCGUCUCUAGCUGUUCGGCGUUCGGCACCCCACUUGCUACUCGAGGGCAUCAAUGUCAAUCAGCAGGUUCCGGCUCUAAGAAUGACGAAACUCCGUGAUCUACUCCGCCUAGUCAUCAACGAGUCCUUGCAUGUGGGUGGUCGACCCGACUUUGCUGUGAGUAACGCGACAGAGCAAGGAGAGAGGAUUGAAGUCCGUUCGCGGUCAUCCAAUGGCGAGGUCUUUUCGAAGACAAUCGACUGGUCUGUCGAUCCGGCCCUUCCAGAGACUCUGUUCGUGGAUGACCGAGACCUGGCCAAGCUGAUAUCGUGUGUCUUUCUCAAUGCUGUCAAGUUCACCAACAGCGGAAUGAUCACAGUGACUGCCACGGUUGGCCGCAAGGCGAACGAUGUCUUGAUAAGCAUCAAGGACACCGGCCCAGGUAUCCCGGAUGAUUUCUUACCCAAACUUUUCAGGCCAUUCGCCCGCGAAGACACAUCCACUACCCGCAGCAAAGAUGGGCUUGGCUUGGGUCUCCUUGUGGCCAAGGGGCUAUCUAGGAAAAUGGGCGGUGAUCUUAUUUGUGUUCGCUCCUCGACAUCGGGGCCGGAUCGUGGCUCGGAGUUUGAGAUUAGAAUCCCUGCCAAUCAGCCUGAGCCUUCGGCAGACCGACCUUUGCUGCCUCCAAAACUGCUUACACCUCCCCAGCUCACUGAGACGAUGCGGCUGACCAAUGUGAGCACUAUCACGCCGGAAUUCUCCUCACUGUUGCCUACCCCGCGGACUCCUGGUUCAGAGGUCCAGCAACCAUCUCCGUUUCUGACUGAUGAGCCACCGUCGUUGACUACAACGCCUGCGCCUCCGCCUCCCAGGAGCACACCACCACAACGCCACAUCAACGGUGAUACUCACGACAGCCGUCUCGGGGAGAAACAUCCCUUGACGUUUCUGGUGGCAGAGGAUAACAAAAUUAACCGGCGAGUCUUAGUGCACAUGUUGAAGCGACUUGGUUACAAAGAUAUAUAUGAGGCCUGUAACGGCAAGGAAGCUGUCCGCAUCAUGCACGAUGUUCUUGGGGCACAGCGUCCCGGUCAACAAAGCUCGAGUCAAGAUUCGAAACUAGUGAAUGAGUCCGACGGCUUCACAGUUCCCAAACCACCCAGUCAAACCAAAACACGAAAACUAGUGGACGUGGUAUUGAUGGAUCUCUGGAUGCCAGAGAUGGAUGGCUACGAGGCCACUUCUAAGAUUCUACGGAUGGUUGAUGAACACCGGAGCAUUCCCUUCGACGCUCAGACUGACCAGCACCUUACCGACACACAACCUCCCACAGUCCUGGCUGUCAGUGCCGAUGUCACAGACGAGGCUCUAAACCGUGCCACGAAGGUUGGCAUGAAGGGUUACAUGACCAAGCCGUACAAGCUCUCAGACUUGGAACGGCUGAUCCUGGGCUUUUGCAGCAAUAAUACCUCACGGCCGCACGAUGAUUCGAUGAAUGCAUGA